GGCAUGAUAAAAUACUGCAACUUUGCAGUUCCCCAAAACCUCUCUUGGUCUGGUUUGCUUGCUGAGGGACAACAAGUGCAUCCAUGGCAGUUUCUUUUUCCCUCUCCUCUCUCCUAUAUAAUCCACCUUCCACAAUCCACUCCACGUUAUUCGAUCUCCCCAUUAUCCAUCACUCUGAUCCAAACAUAACCUCUCCUUCCUUUUGAAGGAUCCUUCUUACUCACCAAAGCCACUGCAUUUCUUUACCUCUUCAUCUUCCUUUUGCUCCUUGUUCUUUUUCCUUCUGUUCAAUUGUCUUUCUGUCGAUCGAGAAAAUGAUCCAAGGGUUAUUAGGCGGAGUCGUGGAGGAGAGGAAGACGAUCUCGCACCUCAUCGACCACUCCCCUACCUCCUCCAACAUCUCCUCCCCUUCUUCCUCGCUCACGUCGGCGGCCGCUGCCGGAGAUCAGCAGCAGCAGCAGCAGAAUCUGCGGUGCCCGCGGUGCGACUCCACGAACACCAAGUUCUGCUACUACAACAACUACAACCUCACCCAGCCGCGCCACUUCUGCAAGACCUGCCGGCGCUACUGGACCAAGGGCGGCGCCCUCCGCAACGUCCCCAUCGGCGGCGGAUGCCGCAAGACCAAGGUGGUCCCCGCCAUCGCCGCCGCCGUCUGCAGCCCUAAGCCUGCGCCCAACAAGGCCAAGCCGCCGGCCGCCGGCUCCGACCUCCUUCUGAGAUCCGGUUUAGGUGGCGCCGGCGGGCUAGAGAGCGAUCUCUCCGCCGCCGGCCCGUUGCUCUGGGCUUCGCCGCACACUUCCCAUCUGAUGAGCCUGUUGAGGUCCGGCGCCGGCAUGCAGAUCUCCGGCACGCACUGCGGCCUCAACCUUGGCUCGCCGGCGGCCAGACCGAAGGAGGACCGCUCCUUGCUCUGUUCAAACACGGCGGCCGAUCUAAAUGCCCAUGCCCUGAGCUUGGAUCCCCUGAACCAGCUCGGUUUGGGCGCCUCUCUGUGGAAAAACCACCACCACCACAGCAUCAACAACAACUACUACCACCAACCGCAGUCACGGCAGCUGCCGCAGCAAAAUGGCAACCACCUGCAGGCUAUAAGCGACAUGCCAAGCUCUGAAAUCCAAGACCUGUACCAAAAGUUCAAAUCCUCAACCAACUACUACAACGAGCCGCUGCAAACGGUGAUCGGCAACGCCAACGCCGGAUUCGAGCAUUCCUCUUGCAACGGUUCCACCGCUUCGAGUUCCAUGUUGUCGAAUUCCGCCAUUGCCGCCGCAGCUUCUGCGACGGCGACCAUCUUAGAGCCAAUCCCACAGCUCUCUGCUGCGGCCGAAUUCGGUUACUGGAACAACAACCCCGCACUGGCGGCAUGGUCCGAUCUCCCAACCCCGAAUGGUGCGUUCCAUUAAUGAUCAGGAAAAGUUAGGACUCACUUUUGUUCUGUUGUAGUAAUUUGUGUUUAGGCUUCUUAAUGUCGUCGUUUGUUCAUGGUGGUGAACUGAGAUGAUAUCUUCAGUCAAAUUAUAGAUAUGGGAAAUGUGAUGGACGUACUGUUAGGUUUCUCUUUUUUAAUCAUUGUUGUGUUUUUAAGGGCGUGUUUACUCUGUGUAUCAUCAGCUGCUACAUCGAGAUCGAUUGAUAAUUAGAUAUAGUGGUUAGUCACCCUUUUCUUGGUCUCUGUCUUUUGGUGGCCUAAUUCUCAAAGAGAAGUACGCAAUGUUCGAUCGUGACAAAAAGAGGAGACGUUGAUUUCAAAUCGAUGAGUCGAUCGGAUGGAAAUUGAGAUGUGGAUCCGGAGUGUGAGUGUGAUGAAAGUGGGGAAAAAGAGGAGAUAUGAUGGGAGGGAGAUUCCUUCUUGUUGUGAAGUGAGAAAGUGGAGAGGUAAAGAGGGAGGAUGGCAGCCUUUGGAAGGGGGUGUGGCCUAAACGCAGCAGGCGAAUUAGAUUCUUCCCCCACCCAACACACGCACUGCAGCCUUAUGUUUUUAGAGACAGCAAGAGAGAGAGAGAGAAAGAGAGAGAGGAGGGGAGAGGGAGAAUUUGGCCUCCUUUUCUGAUUUAGUUUCAUUUAGAAUCUAUCUAUAUCCUUCCAACUAUUGAAUGCCUAGAUUUUGGAAAUCAUUAUGAACAUUUUUUUAGUUGAAUUUAAAUCGUGCAAAAUGAUUUAAGCAAACAAAGGCCCAUAUAAGGACGAGAACGAGUCCAUGUAAUUAAAGCCCAAAAUGAACCUCUGCUGGACCAUGAAAUGGAAGCCCAAGUUGUUAGACGGCGAGGUGGACAUGGUCGAUCUUUCCGGAGAGAAGGAAAAUAGGCGGAGGACGAUGGUAGGAGCAUCAUAUGGGAUAGAGGAAGAUUGGAAGAGCGAUCGCGAAGCCGCGUUGAUGAAAGGGAAGUGGAGUAGGCUUCAGAGGAUUUGCCAUAACUUUCUCCAUCAAUUUUGAAGCAAAUUCAGACAAGGGCUCAAGUGAGACCAGAACAUGUUUUGAAUUGGAAGGAGACAUUGCUUGAGAAGCCAUGCAUUCUAAAAGUGGAAUGGAGGUUUUAUUGCAAAAUGAAAUACUUGUUGGUUGUAUAAUGGUGUAAUGCAGAAUGAGAGAUUGGUUUGAGACCAAGAGUAAAUAUGUUGUAUGCAUUAGUUUGUGUGUUUGCUUAGGAAUUGACCUUCAAUUGCAACGAAUUUUCUGCAUGAAACUUUCUUUA